UUUUAACACAAUGUGUGAAGUUAAAGUUCUGUUUAAUGGAUACUCCGAGCAAUUGGAUGAUAGAAUAAUGUGCGCUAAUUGUUCGUGUACCUUAAUAAAAGGUCCAAAAUUAAUUAUUGUUGAUACUAUGACUGCUUGGGAUCAGAAGAAAAUUUUGGAAGCUCUUAGUCGUGAGAAUGUAACACCAGCAGAAAUUGAUUAUGUUGUAUGUACACACAGUCAUCCUGAUCAUAUUGGAAAUAAUAAUUUAUUUACCAAUGCAGAGCACAUUGUAGGUCAUUCUGUACAGCAUGGUGAUCUGUUUUAUGAAGAAAAUCUUAAAAAUGAAGAGUAUAUUCUUUGUGAUGGAGUUAAAGUUCUUGCAACACCAGGACAUACAUCGGAAGAUAUUACCGUAUUAGUUCAAACUAGUAUUAAUGGUCGAUCUAGUUGCGUCGCUAUUACAGGUGAUCUGUUUGAAAAGGAAGAGGAUAUUGUAAAUCCAUUAAUUUGGAAAAGUCUCGGUCAAAACGAUUUACAAAAAGUUCAAUCUUAUAUGCGCUCUCGUAUAAUUAAUCUCGCUGAUUUUAUAGUACCUGGACAUGGUCCAAUGUUUUCUGUUACAGAUAAAAUGAGGCAAAUCGUUGAUAGUCAAGUGAUUAAAUGAUUCUACAAUUAAAAUUGAAAUCAUUUAAUUCGAAAAUUAAAUUCAACCACGCUAAUCGUUUACAAUCUUAUUUAUUUUUACAAACAUUUUAUUAAACAUUACAUAAUGAAGUACAUGGUAUCACAACAUUAUUAUUUGUAUAUAUUUUUAUAAUGACAAUUGCAUGCCAAAUUGUAUGUAUAAACAAGAAAAGAAGUACAAUGCGCUAAGGGCAUAUUGACCAUUGGCUUAUGUAAUGUAUAUUAAAAUAACUUUCUACAUAGGAAAUUGAGAAUCAUUUAUAAAAAGAAUAUAAAUUAAAUAUGUUUCUGAUAUAUGUCAAGAAAUUCGCACUUAGAAUUUAAGCUAUGUGUAAGUGUUCACAGCCAACAUCAAAAAUUAACAAUUUAUGUAUUUGCAUUCAUCAUGUUAUAGGUUUCAUAGAUUAAUUUUUAUCACUGAUGAAUAGAAUCUUUUACUUCUGAAGAAAAAAAAAUUACACUAAUAUACUAAGUUAUAUAAUCCAUAUAUAAAGAAACAGUUAAUUAUUAUAUAUCAUAUGUAAGAAUUACUACUGCAUUUAUUUCUAGUUUAAUACACUUUCUUUAAAAAAAAAAAAAAAAAAAAAAGAAAAUAAUAAUAAUAAAAAAAAAUAAAUAAAUAAAAGAAAUAAAAAAAAA